AUGAAGCCUCUCCACCUUGUUAUGCUAUGCUAUCUUGUCGUUGCCUCCAGCUGUUGGCCCAAAAGCAAAGAUCAAGUCAGCCUCCAAUGGUCGAUAUGUGAUACAAAUCCACAAGCUGUGUUUGCAAAGUUGGGCACUGUCAUUCGCGCUCCAGAUAAACUGGACCCGAUCACUUACUAUGAUUCCUAUCCCCCACUGUAUACGCCGAAGGGACUCAUGUUUCGAACCAAAAUUCGCGGUGGCCAAGAGAUCUCGGUGGUGAAGGUGAAGUUGCCAACGACGAAAUCUCAUGUGCGCCGCCACGCGAAAUCCUGCCGGUGGGAUCAGUAUGGCAAUGAGACUACCUUCACAUGCAAGCGACAAGCCCCUGUGAAUGGAACCAAUCUAUGGAGCGCGAAUCAGAGGCAGUUAGCAGAGGAUUUUCAGAACAAUAUCGCCUGGGAGAAGCUUUUUGGAUAUGGUCCGUACCCAAAUCCCAAGUGGAAGGAGUUGCGUAUUGAAGGUUACAAAGCUGUCCUGGAUGAUGUGCUUGUCCAGUCCCUGCACCUUAUGGAGUUGGAAGUCAAGGUACAUCGGGCAGAAGAGGAUAAAGUUUAUCAGUCAAUCACAGACCAUUUAAGCGCACGAGGAGUGGUGCUAUGUGCCAGGCAGGAGCCCAAGACCAUGCGGUUGUUUCACAUGAUGGGCUGUAUCACGACGCAGAACGAGUUAUAG